AUGCGCAUCGCCGACAGAGCUAUCCCCUCGGACUCGACUGUGGUGGUGGUCGGAGCCAAUGGAUACAUGGCUGUGGAAACAUGUGAAAAGCUUCUACAAGCAGGAUACCGUGUCUGUGGCACAGUCCGAGAUGUUGAACGGCACCGUAACUGGAUGCAUGCGCUAUUCGACGAGAACUGGCCCGAUAGAUUUGAACUAGUCCAGGUCCAAGACUUUCAAGACACCGAUGCUUUUGAUAAUGCUUUUCAAGGAGCAUCUGGCGUGAUCUAUCCUUCUAUGCCUAUGAUCUUCGAUGCAGAUCCAGUCAAGGUUUAUGAACCCAUGAUCAAGGGCGUCGUUAACACCCUUUGCAAGCGGCAGCUCCCUUACGAACUUACCAACGACAUGUUCAACUACGAAGCGAUCGAAAAGGUUCAGGAUGGACCUGUGGACGCUUCGUUCGAGAGAAUCUUAGCUGUCUACAGUGCAGGGCGGACUUUGGCAGAACUAGAGUUUUGGAAGUGCGUGAAAGCAAAUAACCCGCCAUUUGUUGCUAAUUGUGUAGUGCCAGACGGUCAAUUUGGUCGUGUCAUAGACACGCAAAAUAUCAAUCUCGGCGCUAGAUCAUCAACUAGGCAGUUAAUGCAUGCCCUUCAAGGGCAAUGGGAUAAGAUCAAGCUCGACAUUGCGUCCGUGACGGAUGUUCAAAACUCGGCACGCCUACUAGUGGCAGCAGUUGCCUUGGCAUCGAUCAAAAAUCAGAGAAUAUUUUCUUACUACAUCAACAUGACAUGGAAUGAUAUGCGAAGGAAAAUACGUGAGAUGUGUCCAGACCGCCCUGAACUGGUGACAGGAGACAAUCGUCAAAAAGAGAGAAGGGACACCUCCCACGCAUCUAAACUAAUCGCACGGGCUGAGGAUAUUCUGCGAGCAGUUGGCCAACACGGAUUCGUCAGUGAGGAUGAUAUCAUCUGUGACUUUGUGACUUCCGUCUUUACCUAG